GCACCCCCAACCCCAAACCAAAAAACACCUUCCACCUCCUCCAUCUCGGCAGGCACUGCCAAUCUCCUCUCCACUCCCUCCCUCCCCGAUCCAAAGGCGAGAGAUACCAAGGAAUCCGCGACGACCGCCCGCGCGAACGAGCCGCUGCAGUGAGUGACCUCGUCACCCGCGCGCGAGAGGGGGAGAUCGAUCGAGAAGGGGCCCGGACCGACCGAACCGACUCGAGGACUCAACCAUGAAGUACGUGCUGGUGACCGGCGGCGUGGUGAGCGGGCUGGGCAAGGGAGUGACGGCCAGCAGCAUCGGCGUCCUCCUCAAGGGUUGCGGCCUCCGCGUCACCUCCAUCAAGAUCGAUCCAUACCUCAACACCGAUGCUGGAACCAUGUCUCCAUUCGAGCACGGCGAAGUGUUUGUUUUGGACGACGGUGGUGAGGUGGACUUGGACCUUGGAAAUUAUGAACGGUUUCUGGACAUCAAGUUGACUCGUGACAACAACAUAACCACCGGAAAGAUCUACCAGUCUGUUAUUGACAAGGAGCGUAGAGGAGAUUACCUGGGAAAAACUGUUCAGGUUGUGCCGCACAUCACAGAUGAAAUACAAGAGUGGAUUGAACGUGUCGCAAUGAAUCCAGUUGAUGGCACAGAAGAGCCAGCUGAUGUUUGUGUCAUAGAACUUGGUGGCACUAUAGGGGACAAAAUAUUUUCGCCGCAUAACAACAGUGGCAUUCUUGAUGCAGGGGACAUUGAAUCAAUGCCUUUCAUCGAAGCAUUAGGUCAAUUUUCAUACCGUGUAGGGCCUGGAAACUUCUGCUUGGUGCAUGUCAGUCUUGUACCGGUUCUAAAUGUUGUUGGUGAGCAGAAAACAAAGCCUACCCAACAUAGUGUCCGCGGACUAAGAGGACUUGGACUUAUACCUGAUAUUUUGGCAUGUCGCAGUACACAGCCACUUGAAGAACAAGUGAAAGUGAAGCUUGCACAAUUUUGUCAUGUCCCGAUACCAAAUAUCAUUAAUCUCCAUGACGUCACGAACAUCUGGCAUAUCCCUUUGUUGCUCAGGGAUCAAAAGGCCCAUGAAGCUAUUCUGAAAGUUUUAGACCUUCAGUGUGUAGGAAAAGUUCCUCGAGAACCCAAAUUGGACGAAUGGACUGAUAGAGCCAGUAAAUGUGACACAUUGGAAACUCCGGUUAGGAUUGCUAUGGUGGGAAAAUAUACUGGCCUGUCGGAUUCCUACCUGUCUGUUUUAAAGGCUCUUUUGCAUGCCUCAGUAGCUUUGAAGAGAAAACUUGUGGUGGAAUGGGUUCCUUCCUGCGAUCUUGAAGAUUCCACAGCAGAAGAGACUCCUGAGGCGUAUGAAAAAGCAUGGAAGUUGCUGAAGGGUGCCGAUGGCGUGCUGGUGCCAGGGGGUUUUGGAGACAGAGGGGUCCAAGGGAAAAUUUUGGCAGCAAAAUAUGCGCGCGAAAACAACAUUCCAUACCUUGGAAUUUGCUUGGGCAUGCAAAUCGCAGUGAUUGAGUUUGCACGUUCUAUCAUGAAGUUGCAUGGUGCUAACAGCACAGAAUUUGAUCCAACCACAAAAACACCAUGUGUUGUUUUCAUGCCAGAGGGAUCCAAAACCCAUAUGGGUGCAACAAUGCGCCUUGGAUCAAGGAGGACCUUUUUUCAGGUCGACAACUGCAAAUCUGCUAAGCUGUAUUGCAAUGUUAGUUAUGUUGAUGAAAGGCACCGCCACAGAUACGAGGUGAAUCCUGAUAUGGUCCCAGAAUUUGAGAAGGCAGGGCUUUCUUUCGUUGGCAGGGAUGAAAGCGGAAGACGCAUGGAGAUUUUAGAACUGCCAACUCAUAGGUUUUUCGUUGGCGCACAAUUUCACCCUGAAUUCAAGUCAAGACCUGGCAAGCCAUCUCCGCUUUUCUUAGGAUUGAUAGCAGCGUCAUCAGGUCAGCUUGAUCACCUCCUUCAACCCCAAACAUGCAGAUACAUCUGCAACGUACCGACAAAGCCAAAAAUGUACCCGAACGGCCACGUCAUGAAGCCACUCAAGGGCCUGGUGAACGGGCACUAUUCAGCAACCAGCAACGGCCCCAUUCCCAUCUAGCAGCACAAAGCUGCAAGCCGCGGUGUGCUUGUUUGAGACUUCCCUUCUACCGUUUCCGCCUGUGUUGUUUUUCCCCCUUCGCGCGCGUUCUUCAUUCUACCAGUCCAACAAAGAAAUGGGCUGUUCGCUCCAGCGACACGGCGAGCCGUUUCUCCCGAUGUUUUAACGAGGAAGCAUUUGGCGUACAAGCUGUCGCGUUAGGAGGCAAAUUUAGCAGGUUAGCUAGGGUUUGAUUAGUAGAAGUAGUUGUAGUAAUCUGAUAUGCUGGUUUAUUCUGUUUGUUCGUUUGUUUGCUAAGAUAAGAUUACCAAGGGCUGGUGAUGCGCAGUUAGCUGUAGUGGAGCCUGCCAUCUCCCCUGAUUGUACAUUGUAAAAUAACUGCUACUCUCCGUAGACUGAAUGAAUGGAUGAGUAUAAAAAGUAUCGGACCAACUUGCUGUGUCCUUCAGACCUA